GUUCAAGAAGCGUACCCAGCAAAACCAGCAGCCAGGAGAUAAUAAAGAAGACCUAGAGCAGCAUCAUAUCGCCUCCGCCGUCAGAGCAGCCCUUAUUCCGCCCAGAAGAGGCUCCUUAUACGACAACCUAGGUGGUAUGGACAGCGAUACGAGUCCAAUCAUCCCAGUAAACAAUUCUAUAAAGAAUAACAGCAGCAGCGAGAAUAUCAAGGAAUCUACCAAAGCUGAUAAACAUGCAUCCCAGUUCAGCUCCCAGCCAUCCCACAGCCCAAGGAAUAGCGAUGAGGAUCAUUUCACCCACCCAGAACCGCAGCACGAAGACAACGAGGAGCCCCACACUGUCAGUCAUGCCGAUCACCCGCCAAACUACAGCGCGGACCAGCUCGAAGGGGAGAACAGCGAGGAUCACCGCGAUAGCAUCUCUAUUGAGCCUCCCGUCCAGUCAGACUUACCGACUUUCUCGCCUAUACCCAGUACGUCCAUCUCUUAUGUCACACUGCAUGAGCUGACGGGAGUAGGAGUGUCGACACCGACAGGACUCACCCUUCCUCCUUUCUCGCCCUUCAAUCCACUCGCUCAUCCACCACCAAUCGCCAAUCAGUUUACGAAUAAUGGCACGCCACCGACGUCGCCAAGAGAUGUCCGCAGGGCUGCACGCCAGCUACCGACACUCGCAAGGGGAUCUAGAGAUCUCCCGCCACUCCCACUCGCAGAGGAACACGAUCAGGCCCACGAAAGCGCCGAUGUUUCAGAGUCAGACGAUGACUCGGAGGAGAGCAGUGAGGAGGAGGAAGAGGAAAAUGUAGAGGAAUACAGGCGGCCCAGCAUUCAACAGCCACCGUCGACCGACUACUUUAGUCUCCCAUCCCAGAAUCCACUUUCGCCAUCUCAGACACCACGCGCACACCCACCAAUGUCGCCUGGUAUAAACUCGAAUUCCCGCGCUACGACAUCUUCUGUAUUACCACCGAAACUCAACCAACGGGCAGCGUCUUCAGUCACAGUUCAGCAGCGGUCGCGCGAGAAUACACAAAGCACCGUCGACUCCGUUGCACCCACAUCUGAGGAUUCUUCUACAAAGGAUAAGGCUAAAUCCCCAGAGGCACUCAGAAGACUGACAAGCUCUAUCAUGCUAACGGCCGUUGAUAAUCCAGCGCACGUACCACCUCCAACUGAACUUCCAAGCAGGACAUCAUCACACAAGGAUGUAACAGUACUCGGCUCGGCUGCUCAGGCUUCACAGAAGCUCUCCGUUGCCAGUCCAAAAAUCUAUGGCCGCCAGAUGUCAAGAUCUUUGACUGACCUAUCAUCAUUUCAGUCUCCGGAAAUUACCGAAGGUCUUCCAACAGGUUUGCACCCUUCUGUAUCGGCUGGUGCAGAUGUUUCGGCGAAAGGGAAAGAGAAAGCAGAACCCCAAACACCUGCUAUUACUAUCGAUCAGGCUGUCGAGAGCAGUACGAGUACGCGUGAAAUCGCCGUAGGCACAAGUCCACCGGUAACCCCAGCAAUGGGACACACUGUACAAAUGGAACAGGAGCGUCUUAAUUGGAAGGAUGUAGUUCAAAAUACACCGCUCAGUCCACCGCCACCUUUGACGCCACUAUCUACGCAUGGAUCACCUAGUGCUGGUCGUAGAAGAAUGUCGCUACCGAAUAUGACUGUAGCACCUCCCCAAUACGAAGAUGUAGCUCUACGAGAGACAAUCUUUGGUGGUAUAAGGCGAGUGAUUAGACCACGUGAAGAAGAGGGCAAUGAGAAACUCCCAACAUAUAAAUGCGGUAUACAUAUAGAAGGAUUAAUGCCACGCAAGAUGGAAUUCACAUCACCUGGAAACCAAGCAAGAGAUCGUACCUGGAGAAGAGUCUAUGCUGUUCUCCAUGGUACAGUACUUAAAGUCUACAAAGCGGACAGAUGGGAUCACGACAGAGCAGUACUUUCAUCAGAGAUCAACGACCUCAACGAAGCUGAUCAAGAAAGUGCUUACGUUCAUCAACCACCACCAGCUGAUGCGCCGAUCCCACCUGUACCAGCAUUACCACAGCUUCUUGCACAGAGGCCCUCAUUCCAGAAUCAUAUCAAUGCACCACCAAAUAAUAUCAGAUACGCACCAACUUUAUUACGAUCUUACUCACUUCAAAAUGCCGAAAGCGGCCUUGCGGCUGAUUACGUAAAACGACGGAAUGUCAUUAGAGUUCGCCUAUUAUCAGACAAGGGCGUCAAAGAGCAAUUCCUUAUACAAGCAUAUGACCAGUCAUCUGUGAUAGACUGGAUAGAGGCACUCCAAGCAGCAACGAAUGUAUCAUUAGAUUUGGACAGUCGUCCUAUGCCAAAGCUCACAACACUUCCAAGAAGAAGAAGAAGAAGGAGAGUGCGUCAAGAAGACCUAAGUAAUGGCAACACGGAUGCAAUUGAAGCUGCCCAAACAGAAGCUGCAAUACAAGCAUCGCUUAGGAACAACCAGAAUGCGGAUAACAUUUCUACACGUUCAGGAGGUCUCAGGGCUAAUAUACGGAAUAGCAUACGUAGAAACGCAUCACAAUUGAGAAGCACGACAUCAGUAAAUAACAUAUAAAGAAGUUUACUUUCAUUUAACUCAACAUUUUACUCGACAUUGUAUUCAUUAACUUGCUAAUACUUACAUUUCGCUACUUGCCG